CGUGUUCACGGGGUUUGUGUUUUGCAUACGUGUGCACUUCCUGUUUGGCACGUUUUUCCAGGUGCGUCGGGGCUGCGAUCCUCCAGGUGAGUGGUUCCGGUUCUGGUCCCGGGUCUGUGUAAUCUGCGGCUCAACCUGUCUGGAGGGUGUGGACCGGGCCGGAGCUGACUGCAGGUAUGAGGAGGAACAGCUCGCAGUCUUAGGCGGAACUCCGCUUCUUCUCUCCGAUUUCCAAGAAAACGCGAGAACCAGGAAGGAAACGGAACCGGGACGGUCCAGAAUUGGAUCAUCAGAUGGGCCUGCGGUUCUAAUGUUGUGGGAGGUCCACGACGCCGCGCUGUUCCUCAGUAUCACGCUCUACCUGUGCCACUCAGCCGGAUCGAUCUCCGUCAGCUCCUCCCAGAGGAACCUGAUCCGGUCGGUGCAGGACGAUGUCUUCUUCUCGGUGGACGUGGCGUCCUCCGGCGUCCCCACCAUCCGAUGGAGCUUCAUGUCCGGGGCGGAGAGCCGCUCCAUCGGCGCCUGGCGGCCCGGCAGCUUCACCAACAUCACCCAGGACUACAGCGACCGGGUGAACGCCUGCGACAACGGCUCCAUGCUGCUGUCCGACCUGAAGCUGCAGGACGCCGGAUACUACGUGGUGACGGCCGAGGACCCAGCCGGGAACAGCCGCGACCUUGGCUUCGUCCUCAAAGUGAACGAGGUUCUGUACGAGGAUCUGCAGUACCUGUCGGUCACGGCGUUGGCGCUGAUGGUGGCGGCUGCUCUGCUCAUGCUGGCCAUGUGGCUGCUGCACCGGGGCUGCAGGAAGCUGAGGGCGUGGCGACGCCAGCGGCAGAUGCCAGUAAAUGAUGCGGCGGAGCUGCAGCCUCUGUGAUGAAGACACGAACUCCUGCAGAGUCCAGACUCCGUCCUGCCUAUGAAGCCCGGAUCCAGAUUUUAAAAUGCCUGCAUCAUUUUUACAUUUUGAACAGACCAUGUAAAUACACCCGACUCCCCUUAUUUAUUGUCGAAUUAAACCAACCGUGUGAUUU